AUUUCAACUUUCAGAAACGACUGAGACGUUGAGUUCAUUCUGCUCCCAGUAGCCGGACUGUCAGUUGUGUUUAUGCUUGCGUUUGACAGAAGUUUGUCUUUUCCAACUUGUCUGAUCGCAUCGGAAAACACUGCAGACUUCUUGUUUAAUCCAGACAAAGCUGUAGGAGCUGGAUCGCCUCUGCGCGAACAAAGCCUGGCCAUUUGAAUGAGAAGUGCACUUUUAGUUCGGAGCACAGCACACUGCAGUCAGGAGGAAACGCACCGGUGAUCUCCUGUUACUGUUGCAAAUUUAACUGAACUUCAGUGGGAAUGGAGUAGCCUUUAAGCCCUGCCUCACUGGGAAUAAGCACUAGACAGUGAGAUGCUUUGAGCUGCACUGAGUCAUCCCCUGGAAAAUAACCCGCAAGUCCAACCUUUUUCGCCAGUGAAACUGAAUCGAAGCCAAAUUGUGCGCUGUUUUUUUUUUUUUUUAAACCCAAGCCCCAAUAGCUGUUCGGUAAGACGAUGGAUGCAUUAGAGACUCUGUCAGGCUCUUCGCUGGAUUCCAAAGCGGAGCGGAUUGCACGCUAUAAGGCUGAAAGGCGGCGCGAGUUGGCGGAGCGGUAUGCCAACCUGGAGGAUCUGUCCUCCAAAUAUACCAGGAGGGAGAGAAACCGGGACAAUGCAGAUGCUCCGGACAAAGCAUCGAGCACUGAGCAAAAGCCUAAAGAAGUCAGUGUCAGUACACAAGGUCAGCCUGCUGAAGUUACAGCCUCGGAGGAAGUAGAGAAUGAGAACGAAGUGCAGAGUGAAACUAACAAGAAACAGAGAACUCGGCACGGACUGCUGGACACAGAGGAAGUCAAACUGCCAAAGGACGAUAGCAGACGGCAGACAGCAGACGAUAAAAAAGAAGACAGCUUUAAGACGAGUGCGUCUGCCAGAACUUCUUGCUGUAAAGAUUUGGAGACACCUGAAAUCCCGGCUGUCUCACAGGAAGCCAUACAGGAUGGUCACCAUGCCAACAGACGUAACGAGCCAAUCAGCACUCAGGACCAGCCGCCUAAAGCCAGUCAAUCCUUUCUGUCUUCAUCAGUUGAGAAAGACGAGUCAGAUGGAGAGAAGGGCAAUGAGACGCUAGAAGCACAGGAUGAAGAGGAAAAGGACUCGUCCAGUGACCUCAGGGCUGUUAUCGAGGAGCCGAUGUCGACUGUGAAGGUUGAAGAGCAGGAGCCCAAGGCGGUCACAGCAGGCUUGCAAAGGCAGGACUCACAAGGUCUCAGGGGCAUCCUGAAGAAAAGCCGCUCUGCCAGCCUUGAGGCUGAGGUCGAGCCGGAGAAAAGCGAAACUCAUGGCAAAGACUGUGAAGACAACAGGCUGGAGGAUAAGCCGAAAGAAAUGGAAGAGGAGAUAAAGGUGGAUGGUGGGAUUAAGGUCAUGCACAGGGGGAGCAGCAGCUCCAGUGAUGCUCCUCGUUCGCCGUCUCUGUGUAUGUCUGAAGACAGUGAGGAGCUGGACAGCAGUCUGGAUGGUAGCAUGAGCUCCUCUUUUAACCAGAGACUGGCUGAACUAACAGGUAAUGAGGAGGAUUGGCGCAGUAAGAAGAAAUCCAAAGCCAGCGAUUUGGUCCAGACGUCCCUUGCCGACCGCUUCAGCCAGCUUCAGGACUCCGAGAACGCUUGGAAGAAAAAGAAAUCUUCAUCUGAGGUAGAGACGAAAAUGUCCCUAUCCCAGCGGAUGAGGAUCCUGCAAGAGAAGGAAGAGCAGUGGAAAGCCAAAGGGAAAGGAGCUGCCAAUGACUCCAUACAGUUCUCUGUGGCUGGACGCAUGGCCAAGAAAGGCCUUGUAUCCCCUAGUAGAGAUGAUGUGCCUGUUAUUCUCAGCAAGAAAGCAUGCGUCAGUACACCAGUCAAGCCUUUAGAAGAGAUCUCCACUCGACCUGAUGCUGAGGGCGACAAGAGGCUUGACAAACUGGAGUCGUUUUUAGAUAAACUUCACAAUAAAGGUGCGAGCAGCAAACCUUCCACUAUCGAGGUGCUGGAGGAGAAGGAGAAGGAGGUGAUGAACCUGGAUGAUGAUGAGACGUUUCAGCGGUUUUACAAGUCCCUGUCCCCCACGACUCAAAGCUCAAAUUUGCUUUGGGAUGAAGAGGAGGAUUUCAGCGCUCUUACUUUCGACUCUCCCAAGUUAGCCACAUCAGUAGCAGAGCACAGGCGGUCGGUGAGGCCCUCCCGCAACACAAAAGGCUCGAGAAACCCUCUACGUGCCCUGGCAGCUCGAAACGACCUGAGACAGGCUUACACUGAGCAGAGACUUAACAUAGCAACCAUUGAGGCCAAGAGGAUCCAAGUGGAGAGAAUGGCCAAACACUCAAGGCUGGCUGGCUGCGCCUUAGCCGGAUUGGCAAGUAAAGAAAACUUCAGGAACGUAAACCUGCGAAACGUCAAGUCCACUGAAGUGGUGACCAACAACAGCGCCGUGCCUUUUCACAAGCUCAUGCUCAUCCACAUCAAAGGCCGCAGGCACGUUCAGGUGCGUCUGGUGGAGCCUACAUCCCGUUCCCUUAAUAGCGGGGACUGUUUUCUUCUAAUCACUCCAAAUCACUGUUUCCUGUGGUGUGGCGAGUUCGCAAACGUUAUCGAGAAGGCCAAGGGCUCAGAGAUGGCACAGUAUGUCCAGACUAAGAGAGACCUGGGCUGUAAAGCCCCACAGGUCACCGUGCUGGAGGAGAACAUCAACACAAACAGCCGCACCGCCAAGGAUUUCUGGAACCUUCUUGAAGGAGAAACCAAAUACAGAGCUGCUGGGGAUCCGGAUGAAGAUGAAUUGUACGAGAGUGGCAUUGUGGAGUCAAAUGCUAUCUACAGGGUGGUGGAAGACAAGCUGGUGCCUUAUGAGGAAGCCUGGGCCUCCAUUCCCAGUGUGACUCUGCUCAACUCCAAAGAGGCCUUGGUGUUUGAUUUCGGCAGUGAGGUGUACGUCUGGACAGGGAAGGAUGUGGCUCUGAGUGACAGGAAGGUGGCAGUGCAGCUGGGCAAACAGCUCUGGAGCGGAGCCUAUGAUUACAGCACCUGCAGAGUCAACCCCCUGGACUCCUCUUCAGCCAAUAAGGAUCUUUCACUACAAGGUGAGGGCAGGCCAAACUGGGCUCUGUUCGGAAGGCUUUCAGAGCAUAACGAGACAGCCCUGUUCAGGGAGAAGUUUCUGGAUUGGGCCGAGCGUAAACCGAACAAAGAAGAGCAAGGAACGGAGGAGGUGAAGAGUCCGGUAUACCAACACUUGCCUCCCACCCCAGACUCGGACCUGAAGCCGUGUGACGUAAAGGCUUUGCUGGAGGGAGGAGACAGUCCUGUGAAGAUGGCCUUAGAGGGUGUGGAUCUUCAUAGAGGUUAUGGAUUGGUCAGUACAGAAGACGGACGUCAGGCUCAGUUAGCCACUCUGGCAGUAGACGCCUGGCACAUCCGUGAGUUCGAUGAUUUUGAGAUCCCGGCCGAGAGCGUGGGUCAGCUGCACGAGGGGGACACGUACGUCAUCCGCUGGAAGUACUCCAUCACCAGUGUGGUGGGUAAAAGACAGAAGCCUGGUGAGCUGAGUGCCAUAGGGCCUGGCAGAGAGCGCAUCGCUUGUUUCUUCUGGCAGGGUCGCCAGUCAAGCGUGAGCGGGCGGGGCACGUCGGCACUCAUGACGGUGGAGCUGGGAAAUCAGCGGGGGGCACAGGUCCUCGUCACACAGGGCAAAGAGCCACCCUGCUUCCUCCAGCUCUUCAGCGGGGGACUAAUCGUCCACCGAGGCUCCAGAGAGGACAGUGCCAAAAACACAGGUGACUGGAGGCUGUUUUGUGUACGUGGGGAGGCAGCAGUGGAGGCGUCCCUUCUGGAGGUGGAGUGCUGCAGCGCUAGCCUGCGGUCUCGUGCCUGUCUCCUACUGCUGGGCGUACACCAGAGACAGCUGUACGUGUGGCACGGGUGCAAGGCUCAGCCGACAGCCCACGAGGUGGCCAAGAAGGCCGUGGAGCGCCUCACACACACCUGUCCUCCAGAGCUUGGGUUAAACAGCAACACUAAUCUCAAAGUGCAGGAGAUAGAAGAAGGCACCGAGCCACAGGGGUUCUGGGAUGCACUUGGCCAGCAGGACAGGAAAGCUUAUGACUGCAUGCUGCAAGAUCCAGGAAAAUACAACUUUACACCUCGGCUUUACCGCCUCAGUGCCAGUUCUGGAACCUUCGAAGGGGAGGAACUACUGAGUCCUUCACGAGUGACAGGCGCUGUGAUGGCGAUGCCUUUCCUGCAGGAGAACCUUUACUCUGCACCUCAACCAGCACUGUUUCUGCUGGAUAACCGGAUGGAGGUGUAUCUAUGGCAGGGCCAGCAGCCAGAGGACGCAGAGUGUACAGGCUCCGCUAAGAUCCGAUGGGACAACGAAAGAAAGUGCGCCAUGGAAACUACACUGCAGUACUGCAAAGCAAAGAACUCCAGGCGACCCCCACCCGCCUAUCUCAUCUUGGCUGGAGCUGAGCCCCUCACGUUCACUAACAUCUUCCCGUACUGGGAGAAAGAUCCCAGCAUCAGGUUGAAGGGUAUGAGAAACAAGGUGAUCCUGGUAGCGGACGCUCUGACCAAGCUGAGUAAGAAUCAGUACUCUCUGGAGGAGCUGACCAACCGGCCACUGCCUGAAGGAGUGGACCCUCUGCACCUUGAGCUCUACCUGUCUGACAAAGACUUUGAGACGGCCCUGGAGAUGACACGAGAAGAGUUCAGUGCUCUCCCCAACUGGAAACAGCUCAACAUAAAAAAGGGCAAAGGCCUCUUUUAGAUUUGUAAUGGAGUAUUCCUAAAAGGAAGGACGGAUCCUUUUUGUGUUAAUCUGUAAAACCAGUCCAUGUAUAGUACCAAAUGUACAGUAUGAACUUUUUUAAACAAUGAACUGACCUGGCAGUUUUGUAGAGAACUUUUCUAUAAUGCAGACUGUUGUAGCAAAGUAGCUUUAUACAUGAGUUAAAUAAACUUUCUAUAUACACUAAAAAUGCUAAACAAGCUAGGCAUGUUAUGUAUGUCACUUAUACCAACGUUUUUUUGGACUAAUUAUGUACAAGCUUACAUUUUGUUAUGGGUAAUACAAGUGAUUGUUUUUAAGAAGAUGGUGAUUUUUAAUGGUUAGCUUCCUAAAGCUUCCGGCUUUCUAUUCUAAAGCAUGUUUGCUCUUGUUACUCAUUAAGAAAAUUAAGUUCAUUCAAGCCGUAUACUGUAGAGAUGCACGUGUGCAGAUCUGCAGUCUUACAGUGUUACAUAUGGAGUCUGGGCUCUAAUACUGUGGGUUUUCCAGUAUAUACUACUUAUAGUCAUGCAAUAGCUUGUUUUAUGUAAUUGAAUAUAAUAUAGAGUUUA